AUGAUAAUCAUUCUUCGAGCUAAGAGUAAGCUUGGAUUUAUGCUUGGAACAUGUAAGAAAAAUGAUUACACACCAGAAUUGGAUGAACAAUGGGGAAAAUGCAAUGCAUUUGUUUUGGCAUGGAUUAUAAAUACAGUUCCGAAGGAACUACUAAGUGGAAUUGUGUAUGCUUCAGAUGCUGCAAUACUGUGGGAAAACUUGAAGGAGCGAUUCUAUAAAGUGGAUGGAUCGAUGAUUUAUCAACUUCACAGGGAUAUUUGCACAAUUCAUCAAGGGAAGAUAUAUUACGGAUAUAGGAAUGCAGGCCAAGGUGAUGGAGAUAGAGGUGAUUAUGCAGCAAGAGGAACUUACAAUGGUAAGAACAAAGUGAAUUGGAAUCUGUUCUGUGAGCAUUGUAAAUUGCAUGGUCAUACUACGAACAUAUGUUACAAACUUGUGGGAUACCCUGAGGACUGGAAUUUUAAGAAGAAUAAUACAACAAGGGGAGUAAAUUUGAACAAAGGAAAAGGUCUAGCAAAUAAUGUACAAAUUGAUAAAUGUACUGAGGAGGAUGCUUUUGGGAUAAUUGGUGAAGGACAUAAAAUUGAUGCACAAAAACUACAUGAUGUCAAUUCUGAGAAUUAUGAUGCAAUGAAUGUUAAUAAUAAUAAUGAAAUGUUUGGCACGAAAGGUUAUUGGAUUGUAGACUCUGGGGCAACAUGUCAUAUGACUUGUAAGCCUGAAAAACUGAGUAAUAUUAGUGAAAAUAACAAGAACACAGGAAGGAGGGUUUAUCUACCUAAUGGUCAAAUUACACUAGUUACUCACUCAGGUAGUUGCAUGAUACCUGAUGGUGGUGCGUUAGAUAAUGUUUUAGUGGACCUCUUCAAUGGAAAGGUGAAGGGGAUUGGUAAAGAGUUUGAAGGACUGUAUUACUUUCCUAGUGCAUAUCAAACAAAGGCAAAUGAUGAUGUUUCUACUGCUAAUGAAAGAUGCUUACUGACCAAGACAGAGUCACAAUCAUUAAGAUGGCAUUACAGGAUGGGCCAUCUUUCAUUUAGAGUUUUGAAGGAACUAUACAAGAUGCCUACUGGUUUGUUACAAGGACUUUCACCUUAUGAGGUCUUUCACAAAAUCACACCACAGCUAGAUCACCUAAGAACAAUUGGGUGUUUGUGUUAUGCCACUAAAUCUGUGACAGAUGAUAAAUUCUCUUCAAAAGCUGAUGCUUGUGAUCAUUACGUACCAGUUUUCCCUGCACAGCCUUUUCUUGAUUCUGAUACUACAGUAGUCACAACAUCAAUUGAAAACGGUGGUGAAACUGAACCAAUACAUGACAUGGUCCAUGAUGUUGUUAAUGAUGAUCAUGACCAGAUUGUGCAUACUGAGGUGGUUGCUGUUGAUGUGCCUAGAACUUCAUUCUCCAAAAGGACAGUUUAUCCACCUGUUUGGAUGAAGGACUGUGUCACUAAUGUGAGUGAUUCUUUUCACCCUCAUUCACUAUCCAAUUAUAUUUCCUAUGAUCACCUCUCUAGUACUUAUCAAGCAUAUUUGAGUGGUAUGUCUGUAGAUAUUGAACCUAACACUUAUGAAGAAUCUCUGCAAGAUAAGAGGUGGAUAGAGGCCAUGAAGUAG